UCGUUAACAAAACCAGAGCAAAUACUAUAAAAUAUUUGUUUUUCAUGAAGAGCAUCAGUUGCAUGCAUACCUACAUUUAAUUUUUUCGACAUGUACGACAAACCGAAUGCUCCUUCACAGAUUCUUCUUUUCGCUGACCCUCCCAUUCUGAACGAACUCUGUGUUGUCACAGCAAAAUUGAGCAAGCAAAUCGCGCAACAGUCGUCUGCCGUACAACCCCAAAUACUCAAAUGCAGAGAAAUAAUCUUCACUGAGCCUACUAUCAUUGCUACUCCAGCUUAUGAUGUCAGCAAUGCAUUCUAUGUUGUCAUGGAGCAAUCGCUUUAUAAGACUGGAAGGUUACAGGCAAGGUUCCAGAAAAUUGGUCUUGAGGCCAGCAAGCCUACAAUGGUAAGCCCUGCAAUGUACCAGGCCUGUCUCAGAUACACCCUAGUUGCCAGGAUUGCUCCGAACUGGAAUAAGACUGGCGAAUGGUUGAUACAGGGUAGAGAUUUCCUAACAUCCAAUGGCUAUGUAAAUGCUGUGAAGCUAGAUAUAACAGUGAACCAGCAGGAGAUGUACUUUUCACUGGAUGCCACAACUGUAAAAUUCCUACCGCUACAUGUUGAAGACCUUGAUAUAUACGGUAAAUGCUAUAAAGAGUUCAUGCAGUACCGCCAUGCAGAAAUAGAUGCAUCAGCUAUAGGCUCUCCAUGGUCCCAUGUCCUACCCAGCAUGAAGAAAGGUAAAGUUGUGGGUGUGACCCGGACGUUACCUCAGAACGGGCCUUUCAAGUCCUACAAGGACCUCAAAAGACACUGGAAAAACACUUAUGGUUAUCGUCUGCCAGAGUCAGAGGAUGGAAUAAUUUACUACCAAGUUCAUUUUCGACCUCUCGGAGGAAGAAUAUUCACGUACCCAGAAGUUUGUCUGAGAGCCAGUGACAUCCAAAGGGUCCCACGUGUAGAUCCAAAACCUAUACUGACGGCCUUCCUCCAGGGUGUGCAGAGCAAGAUGUCGAGUAUCUGUGGGAUUCCUCUCAGGCUACAAACAAAAGCCAAGUACCCAAUCCUAGAGUUGUUACCACCUAACCUACAGAUGUCCAAACAGGCAAACCUGUCAGGCAGAUCAUCAAGUGGAAAAAUAAUUUACCGCAGCAAAGAUGAAAUGGAGGUAAUGCUAAACAGAACACAUAGUGCCUCACAAAGCUCCCAAUCGACCGUCCAGCUGAUUGACAACAACCAUCCUCGGGACUCACAAAGCCGGGUUCCUGUACACCAGGAUGACAAUGAUGGAAUAUUCCAGAGUAGAAAUGAGUUGACUCAUAGUGAGGCUACAAUGUCUAGUGUACCUCGGUCUGGAAGUAAUCACCAAAGGGAGAUAAUUUCUUCAACAAGAGAUCCUGCAAAUAAGGUGUAUCGUGAUACGUCGCAGCACACAAUAGGAUCCGAACAGUCAACUCGGACAUCUGGAGGUAACAGUUGCACCCAACCAACCCCUAUACCAGGCUCACGAAUUAUUCCAUCUUUCGCUGCCAAGAAGUUUAAUAGUCAAAAAUCCAACCACGUCAACACAUUUGGAUCGUCAGCAACAAGCACUCAAAUAACUGUGCCAGUAUUUAAGCCUAAAAAGAUUGGAACUGUUGGCUCAUCUGUCCUACCAUCUUCUUCAAUCAGUAAUGGCACAGCACCUAAUGGAAAGGACCUACCGACACGGCCAGCCAUCAAAGUUACAUGUUUUACUGAGGAGAAACCAUCACAUUGCCAGAUAGAUGGAUCCGUCUUAUCAGAAACAGCCAUAGUGCCUUCCGUGGCAACAUCGUUUAAACAUAAACCUGUGAACUCUAGUAAGGGCAGCUUUAUGACUGGACAAACACCACAGCAGUCCACAGUGAAGUACACUCCGAGUCUGUUGUCUUCGUCAGUGAGGGUACCCCGUACUAACACUGGCUCAGGAACACCAUUGGAAACACCAUCGACACCACAGACUCCUUCCUUCCAUAUACCAUCCACACCCAAGGUGCAUCAGGUCACCCCAAAAGGAACUCCUACAUUGUCAAAGAAAAGACCAAAACAGGACGAGGAAGGAACACCAAAGAUAAAGAAACCAAGAGCAAAACCUCAGAUACAAGAAAAUUUGGAUGUUGAAUUAUUUGCUAGGGCAAACCAGCUACAAAAGGCGAAUGCUGCAACCCUGAUUGCCUGGCUGAGAGACAAAGGGAUCCAGCACAAGUCAAAGGACAAGAAAUCUGACCUGAUUGACCGGGUCAAUACUGUCUUAGGACUCGGUAUGGAACCUUAAUUGACACUCAACUGACCAGAUAAACAACCUGCAACAAAAUCUUGACACUGUAAACCAUGAAUUUCAUCUGGCAGAAAUGUGAAGUACUACAGUUUGAUACCCGAUAAUGGUGAUUACCGGGGUAACCCUUUCACCCCUAGGUAACUUAAGUAGACUCUGCCAUACAUUGAUCUGGAUGAGUCCAUUAUGGUCUAUAGUGGUGAAAGGGUUAAGAACUGACUAUGGAGAUACUAAAUGUAUCAAGACUGACUUAAUCAUCCUAUAUCUCGUUACUUGUCAAUAAAUUCAACAUAUCUAUGGAAAUUACACCAAGUAAGUAUGCAAGUGUCAUGUUUUUCUUUUCUUGUGUGUUGAUUUUGCGAUGGGAGUUUCCGAAAACUUUUAUUUAUUCAGGGGAUUUGAGUUCAAAAGAGGAACCAUAACGGAUACAAAUAUCACGGGUUAAAAUGUGUCUAAUUAGAUAUUAACGCAACAUAUCUUGGUCCGCUCUCCUCCCUUAUAUUAACAUGACAAUAUUAACUUCACGACCAGUAAGUGAAUUACAAAAGUCAUCCUUGGUUUAAAUAAGUUCAACAAGUUAGAUUUAGAUUUUGAAGUUCAUGUAACUUCACAAAGAGUAAGAGACUCAUUUCUGUGUGAGGAAUAUAAGGAAUUUCCACCAAAACAAAUAUGAAUUGGAGUAAUACCCAAGGUUUUGCGAAGUAUUUCAGUCCCAAUUAAUUUCCCCAUGUGUAAAAUUUCCCUAUCUUCUACACCACAGGGAUGUGCUUAACACUGUUGUAUAUGAAAGAGUAUUUUGUUCUCUUUCCUCUUCAACAAAUGACAUAAAAGUCUCCAUGUGAAUGAAAUGAUGAUUCUCAAAGAGGUGUCUUCCAUCUGAUUGCAAGACAAUGGUACAGAGAUUUUGCAAUAAUUGUGGCAUCAUGAUGCUCCCGCUCAUG